AUGACGCUGCCGCCGCCCGCGCGCCCCGCGCACCCCGCCGCGCACCGCGCAAUGCGCUAUUACCGCAUCUGGAUCUAUGCGUGCAACGGCGCGCUGUUGCUAGGGGCGCUCGCAUUCUGCGCGGCAGCGGGGCGCGCGCUCUCCGACUACCGGCGGGCACUGGUGCCGGGUCUCGGCGUGGCUCAGCCAGGAUUCCUCUACGGGUACGCGGCGCUGCCUGCGCAAGCGGGACUGCUGCAGCUGCUCGGUUGUCUAGCGGCAUUAAGACUUUCUGAACGAAUGCUGAAUGCCUAUUGGUUGGCACUUUUAGCCCUGCUUGUUGGGGACGCUGCAAUAGGAGUUUACUGGGCGUUCAGAUUUGAGCGAGUUUGCCGCGAACUUCGGCCUCAAUUACGGCUUCGUCUGGCAAAGGAUUACGACACGGAUAUUGACUUCUCACAAGCUUGGGACCGCCUGCAGAGAGAACAGCGGUGUUGCGGUGUCACGGGGCCGGCAGACUUUGCGGCUUUCAAUAGAACUACUCUCCCGGCGAGCUGUUGUCGUAUCCCAGCUCACACGACUUCAGUCACGCCGGCACUGCUGGCCGUCACGUCUGCCACGUCUCCGGCGCCCUUCACUCCCGUGCACUGUGCUCCACACACAGCCGCCUGCUCAGAGAGACUACUAGUUUGGCUUCGACGAACUGCAGACGCGUUGUUCGUAUUAGGAUAUUGUGUUAUAGCAUUUUUAAAAUUGUGCUUCCUUGGAAUCCUCCGGUACGAAAUAAAGGAGAUGAUUCAAAAAAUUAGAAUUUUACGAAGCGAGUUGGGAGCAGGCGAACUACUCGAUGGUAGCCCUAUCCACGGGGGACCAUUGUCGCAGACGAUAAUAGUGAAUGCCGUCAAUGCAAACGGAGGAGUGCGAGCCCAUGGCGGUAGCCCUGAACGCGCGGGAGAGCGCGAGGCACUGCUGGGGCGAGCAUCGGAGGCGUGCCCGCGGCGGAGCAUACACGACGAGCCGUUAGGUCCCAAGACGAUAAAUGGAAACAACAACUGUGAGAUGCGCGAGCUGGCUCGAGGCGACUACAGGCCAUUGGCAGCAGACAGUGCAGCGACUCGGAUCUGACUAAGAUGUUACUUGGAGCGGCUGUUCG